UAUGUAGUCUGAAUCAGAUAUAUCAGAAUAUGAUGAAAAGAAGUUUGUUUUACCAAAAUCGACAAAAGAUCUAAAAGCUUGUUAGUAAUGUGGAAUGGUAUUGACAGUUGAAUAAUGGAAUAGAGAAGUGGAGUGUCCAAAUUCUUGCAAUGCUUCAUAAACUAAAUUAUUUUCAGGGUAAAAAUUAGUUAUAAAUUAAAUAUAGUAUGAUUUGUGUUUUGAAACCAUCAUAAAGUUGGGUAAUGAGAAAAUUAGGAAAUCCAAGAAACAUUCAUCCAGGAUUAUAUGCUAUAGAUGUUUAGGCAGAUUGA